CUUUAUUCAAUGGCUAAAAGGAACUAACUAAGGUUACAGAGCAGGUUAAAAAGACAAUUGUAUUUUCAAAUUCAGUAUUUAACAUGAAAAGGUACAACAAUGGCUAAGAAUAUUGUAUAUUAUUACAUGAAGAUACAAAACAGACCCUACAGCGUAAACGAUGUAGUUACAAAUUUAUGUAACGAAUAUAGCAAAUCUAUAGUUCAAAAGGUUAUGGAUGAACUUGUAGCCGAUGGGAAAUUGUUUGAGAAAGUUUAUAGUAAACAGAAAAUAUAUUGCAUUGUCCAAGAUUCAGCACAUGAUACAGAUGAAUUACUGAGAAUUAAUAAAGAAUUACAAUCUCAUUCCAACGAAAUCGAAAGCAAGUAUCAAGAGAUUAUGAAACAAAUUAAAGACAAGGAAGUUCUACUAUCCUCUUUAAAGUCCAGUCUAACACUGGUAGAUGCAGAAAGAGAAAAGAUUAUUUUACAACAAAAUAUAGAGCAGUUAACACAGAAAUUAAAUGCAGUAAUGAAAACAACUAGCUCAGACUUACAGGAAUCUAAAAGGAAGACCCAAACGGAAUUAGAUGAAAACUUACGCGAAUAUCAGAAAAGGAAAAGAAUAUGCACUGAGAUAAUAGACUGUAUUUUAGAAAAUUAUCCUGGUAACAAGGAUGAACUGUAUGAUGAAGUAGGCAUAAGUUUAACAACUAUUUAAUUCAAAUAGAUCAAUGACAAAUUAAAUUUUCUGUUUGUAAUAGCCUUAAAACAAUUUCUUAAUAUAUACAUUCACCUUUUUUUCUAACAGUUUUUCUCAUGUAUUUAUGUAUUUAUAACUUUCAAGAGAAAAGAUCUCGUAUUGUUUUUUGUUACAAAAGUUGCAUAAUAAAAUACUUGACUUACAUUAAGUAAAACUGUUUCAAGUUACUAGUAGAAAUAAUAUUCUCCGAUGUAGUCGCUAUGACUAUCCUUGUUUAAUGACGUCAAAAGCAAGAAAACACAUUCCAGGAUUCUUUGCGUUAUACUUUCACAUAAAAAGAUAUAUCCACAAAGUGACAUUUAUAAUCUAUUCGUCACACUUGUAAAAAAAAAAUUGGACGAACAUUUCUCUUUUACUCGAACAACCUUACGUCAACAAUUACACAAGGACAGUCACAGCGACUACGGCAGAACUUUAAUAUUUCAAUAUAUAUCAUAAUCCAUAUGCGAAAAAAACAACUUAUACAGAACAUUACAAUAUUACAAGUGUUAUUUUAUUAUUUACAUCGACGAAUCAUUAGGUAUCCCAUGCUUUAAAGUUCUUGAUAGCCAAAAAAAAAUAGGUGAUUUAAUUAUGCAAAUAUAAUACAUAU